GCUUGAUUUUUCAGUUUGCUGCCUAGCACCUACAGAGUACUGAUUAAUUCAAAAAGCUCAUUCAAUAUGAAGGUAACAAAUCUAGAUGAACGCAUCCAUGUAUUGGAUAGUGAGUCCAAUGUUAUGACUGUUAUCAAAGAUAUCGCAAUGAGUGGUUUACAAGAAGAAGCUUUUUACGUAUUGGAUAUAGGAGAUAUUGUACAAAAGCAUCAAAUCUGGAAAGAAAAAUUGCCACGAGUUGAGCCCUAUUAUGCUGUAAAGUGUAAUGAUAAUUUGAUGGUAAUCGAGGUAUUAGCGGCCCUUGGUGUUGGUUUUGAUUGCGCAUCUAAGGUAAAUAUGAUUAAGCUUUAAAUGUAUCUUUUUUUAAGAGAGAAAUAAAU